GGGGAAGGAGACUGGAUUAGACAAAAACAAAAACACAAAAAGGGAAAAGGGAAAAAGGAGUUAUAGAGAGCUGCGGGUGUAAAAUUAGCCCCGACGACGACCGUUCCUUCCUUGCAAAUUCUCUUUCUCUCCCCCACCCUCCUUAUACUAAUAUAUAUAUGUAUGACUUGUUCCAGAUUGAACGUUCAUGGAUCUACACUACACAUACCAUACACACAGACAUACGAAUCAUGGACCCUGUCAAACAAAGCACGGAGAUGAUUCAGGAUGCGAAGCUUACUUCCUUCAUGGGGACAGUCACUGGCAACGCUGCUCAUCAGAAGCUGGCCCGGAGUAUCCUAUUCAAGUUAGACACCAGGAUCCUCCCCAUCUUGGCCCUGCUCUUCCUAUGCUCUUUCUUGGAUCGUACCAAUGUCGGCAAUGCAAAGAUCCUUGGUCUUGAGCAUGACCUCAACAUCACUAGCCAUCAAUACGAUAUAGGCUUGUCGGUUUUCUAUCUGACCUAUAUAUGCAGUGAGCUCCCAAGUAACCUCAUCCUCAAAAAGGCAUCCCCAAGAGUUUGGCUGCCGUUGCUCACUAUGGUUUGGGGUACCAUUACUAUGUGUCUCGGUUUUGUUCGCAAUUUUGCGGGUUUUGUGGCUGUUCGUGCUAUCUUGGGGGCCGCUGAGGGAGGACUGUUGCCUGGCAUGGUAUUGUAUCUAUCCUCUUUCUACAAACGAGGUGACCUAGCCUUACGUAUUGGGUUGUUUUAUACGGCUGCAUCGUUGUCGGGUGCUUUUGGAGGGCUUUUAGCUCGUGGGCUAGCUGAAAUUGGCCCACGAGGUGGAUUAGAGGGCUGGCGUUGGAUUUUGGUAAUUGAGGGGCUACUGACAGUUGUAUGUGGCGGCCUCAGCUACAUUGGCCUUCCAAACAGUAUAGAAACAGCGACAUUCCUGACGCCCGAAGAACGGUCGUUGGCACGUGAAGAGAUCAGACUGGAUAAUCCAUCUGCGCUCCAAGUCUCACCAUCAGUAGAUGACAUCGAGACCCUGAGAUGGUCUGAAGUGCGAAGGGGACUACUUGACCCCCAAAUGUGGUUUUCCGCCGCGGCAUAUUUCGCCAUAUUGUCCGGAUUGUACUCCUUUGGGCUGUUUCUACCCACCAUUAUCGACGAUAGUGGCUUUGCAACCGAUCCAAAUGCAGUGCAAUUGUGGACGGUAAUUCCAUACGCUGUUGCAGCCGUCGUAACAGUGCUCGUGGCUUUCAUCUCGGAUUGUUUACACCUUCGAGGUACUAUUAUGUUGUUCACGCUGCCUAUUGCCAUUGUUGGGUACGGGGCGAUUGCCAACAUCCAGUCUGCCAAGGUUAAGUAUGGGAUGACCUUCCUUAUGGCUACCGGAAUGUAUAGUAGCGUUCCCUGUAUCCUGGUGUGGAAUUCAAAUAACUCCGCUGGUCACUAUAAGCGUGCCACCACAUCUGCGAUGCAGCUGACCAUCGCCAAUUGUGGUGGCUUUCUCGCAACGUUCAACUAUCCUAACAAGGACAGACCCCAGUAUCAUCGUGGCCACACUAUCAUUCUAGGACUACUUGUCUUUGCCUGGUUCAUGGUCUCCCUUAACGUUCUGUAUUGUGCCAAGGUGAAUCGGGACAAGAAAAAGGGCAAAUACGCUCGGUAUGUCGGGUAUAAUGAUGACAGAGAUCCUGCGUUCAAAUUGAUGUUGUGAUGUGAGGGGAUGAUACAUCAGUACCUCGAUUGAUUGAUUGAUACGUGAAAGGAAAUGAUCACUUUUGGUCAGAUCUCCGAGAU